AUGAUCCCCUAUCAGUCCCGAACGCGACCUCGAACAGUUCUACUGUCAGCCAGAGCUCAGACUCGUACUUCCCACAGGGCUGAGGUAUUCCGCGUUUUAAAGCGCCAGCUGGGAACGAAGUCAACAAGAGCACGAGUGCUUUGGCGAGCUCAGGCCGGUGCCACCGGCAGCUCCGGCGCAGUCGGCGGCAGGAUAGCGGACAGGGUGUUUGAUAUCACCAGAACAUUUCCUCUUGCUUUGGAUGUUGGCUCUGGAAGAGGUUACAUAGCUCAACAUUUAACCAAGGAAACCAUUGAAAAACUUAUUCAAGUUGAUAUUUCAGAGAAUGCUUUAAAAAAUGCUGUACACUCUGAAAUCCCUACGGUCAGUGUUGUAGCUGAUGAGGAAUUCCUUCCUUUCAAAGAAGAUAUAUUUGAUCUUGUUAUUAGCAGCUUAAGUUUACAUUGGGUGAAUGACCUUCCUAGAGCUUUUAGAGAGAUUCACCAAGUUCUUAAGCCAGAUGGAGUAUUCAUUGGUGCAAUGUUUGGGGGAGACACUCUGUAUGAGCUUCGCUGCUCUUUGCAGCUAGCAGAAUUGGAGAGGGAAGGGGGAUUUUCUCCUCAUGUAUCACCGUUCACUGCUGUCUCUGAUUUGGGACAUCUGCUGUCGAGAGCUGGCUUUAACACCCUGACUGUGGAUACUGACGAAAUUCAAGUCAACUACCCAGGGUUGUUUGAGGUUAUGGAAGACUUGCAAGGUAUGGGCGAGAGUAAUUGCUCUUGGAAUAGAAAACCUCUGCUACACAGGGAGACAAUGUUGGCAGCUGCUGCAAUAUACCGAGAAAUGUAUGGAAAUAGCGAUGGCUCAGUACCUGCCACGUUUCAGAUCUACUACAUGAUUGGCUGGAAAUUCCAUGAAUCACAGGCAAGACCAGCCCAGAGAGGUUCUGCAACAGUUUCAUUUGGAGAUCUGGCAAAAAUAGAUGGACUUCUUUCAAGGGGAAAAAAAUAGUUCUUCAUCAGAAAUAAUAGUUGUUGUGGAGCUUCUAUAAAAGUUCUCAUUGCAGAUAAUCUUCAUUUGUUCUUAUUUUAUGACGACAUUUUGAAAUUAUGAUAAUCUGCACAUAGAGGGUUUUUUUGGGUUUUUACUGCCUAUGCUACAGCAUCAGCUAUGUAAAAUGGCGUUCAUUUUUUGUUUCUAGAGAAAUAUUUGAGCGGUAUUGUAAGUGAAUACAUGCUCUCCCAACUUUUGAUUAAAUUACUAUUCUCAAAUGUAAUGCCUUUUCCAGCAUUUCAGUAUCACAGAGUGCUCCAGGUAUGAUUUGCAAGUCUUGAGUGUAUCACGCUCCAUUAUUUUUUAAUUUUUUCCUAAAGGAUGGUAGAUCAUAAUAAAGAAUAGUACUUGGUGGCAAGUGUAUUUAUAAGACAUCCUAUAAGAGAAAAUAUCAGCAAAUACACAGGUCUAAGUUAUUGUUUUUUGUGGGUUGGAAAUUAUGGGUAAAAAGUUACUGUCGGUUACUGUUUGAAAUGUGAAUGUUUGACUUACGUAUAAGGAAUUGGUUAAGUAAGUUCUGUAUUAUAAAAAAUAUCUCAGGUUACUACCCUUCACCUACAACCCUAAAAUUCAAUUACUUUUUCUUCCAUCCCCAAAUCUAGAAAUGUUUCUGAACAUGAAUAGUAGAACUCAGCCAUAAAGAAAGCGGGAUGCUUCAUUGUAGCUCUAACAGAAUGCAUGUAUCAUGAUUUGACUUAAUUUACUGAAAGGAAUAGCAAGCAGAAGAGUCACCUAGCACUCAGAUGGACGUGUACGUUUCAAAUUAGUUAACUGGCUUAGAAUUGGCAUUCUCUGGAGUUGGUACUCUUUUGGAGUUCCAUGGCAUUUUUUUUACCCGUUCUUUUAUCUCAUAGCAUUUGAAAAAUUAAAGGUGAUACUUUAUCUAAAUAUUAGUUAAAAAUACAUUUACACGUUACUUUCUGCUUUUCUACUAUCAGAGGCUGAAAAGCAUGAAGUAUACUUUUUUCUCCUUAGCUGUGACAUGGAGCUAUGACUUUUCCUGUAUAUAACUGCAUUACCAGAAAUCGAUACUGGUUACAAAUAUGGCCCUUUAACCUGAGGUGUUUAGAAAAAAUACCUACCCAGGGAUUUCACUUGAUUGUAGUACUGAUAGAGAACAGUAGAAACGAAAAGCAUGAAGAAUGUAUAAUCAGGUGUACAGUUUUAUCAUUGUAUCUGGGUGUUGUAUCAAUACUGGUGAAAUGAAAGCUUCUCUAGGCUUGUUUUAAGAAGAUUAUCCAGCAGGUGGAGUUUGACAGAAUGUGGCACAGACCGAAUAGGCACGGUAGGCAGAAGCCUUCAUAUUCUGUCAAGGAUUAUUGAAUUCUGAUUGAAAGACUAAUACAGAUACUAGAGUUACCUCCUACUGCUUAACCAAUGUUCAGUUUUCAAAAUAACAGAAAUGCUGUUUAAAAAGAAACUGUUCAUGCAGUAUUCAGCUGGCUAGAUCAAUUUAAGGGCCUAAUUUGGGGGUUUAUUUUACCUACCAGGCUUUGACUUUGAAUAAGAAAUGGGCAAAGAAGGUACAACACAUCACGAUAAGGAGGGUAGGAAUAUUCCGUCCUGCUUUUGCUUACAAGCCUAAUCCAUAAUCAUUCAAGGGGAAUGAGUUCAUCUUUCAUUUUCCUUGGAAAAGAACAGUAACCCUCCUGGAAAAAGGGGGAGAGGCUCUAAGUGGUCUGAUAACCUUUAUAGCCCUUUAUCUUAAGACUAAAUCUAAAAAGAGCUUGUUUCUCUGAAAGCCUCCAUUUUUUUUUUUUAUAGUACAUCAGUGGACUUAAUACAAGAUACUGCAUCUCUCUACAGAUCUUCUCUGGCUUAAAUAAAAUUCACUUAUUUCAAGGGGAAACUCUCCAGUUUCCCAGAGGUAGGUUUCUAUGAAGUUACGUGUCAAAUGACUAACUUUAUCCAUUUUUGCCUUAGUAGGUUAAUUUCUAGUCACUUGAGCUGGCAGUUGUGACUCAGAUGUGUUAAGGGAGUGAGGAGGUGGAAUGUGCUGGGUAAAUGUUAAUUGGAGAAGUGCUUGUUUGCAGCGCUCGGCUAAGUUACAGAGAAAGGGAAGGGUUUCCAGUUCUUUGAUUCCAUAUUCCACGGAUGGAAUAUGUAAACGGCAAAGGAGGUAAGAAUGUGGUUUGGUAAUGGGGUAAUGUACCUUCUGAACAGAGAGAAAUACAAGAGUAGCUUUUUCCUAGCACUUGG